GUCAAACCCAUCAAACCUCUCUCACCAAGUUUUAUCUUUCUUCCUGUAUAUACAACCAUACAAAGUAUAUAUAUUUGCUUGGCUUUUUGUUGAUUGAUCAGCCAAAUGGGUUUGAUGGGAUCUACGUUCUCGUUAAUGGUGGGGACUCUAUGUGGGGUUUAUAUAGCUCAGAACUACAACAUCCCCAACAUCAGGAAGCUAGCCGAUUCUGGCUUUACGAUGGCCAAGCACGUCGAGGAAACCUAUCGCAAGCCCAAGACCAAGACCAAGACAGAGGACGACGAAGGUCUGAAUUAGAAUCGUUUUGCAAGGCCAAGAUCACCACCAUGCAACUUUAUUCAAAAUAAAUCUAGCCAUCUUCUCAUGAUGCAAAUAUAUAUAUAUAUAUAUAUAUAUAUAUAUGAAGUUCUCCUCGAAUUAUAUAUAUAGGUUAGGAAUAGGCCGUGUGUAUGUCAGUAUGUAUGUGGUUGUAGUCUAUAUAUAUAUAUAUAUAUAUAUAUAUAUGAAUUGGUUUGAAUGUUCAGGUC